AUGGAACGAAAGGCAUUCCUAGAAGCAGUGGACAGGAACAAUCAUACGUUGCCCACAAGUCGCUUCACCUUAUUUCUCCGAGUUCAUUCAGCUCAGAAUCUUGCAACGACGCAACGUGGUUCAUACUGCAAACUUUAUCUUGGCAACACUAAUGUAAUAUCCGAAUCUGCUUCGAUCAAAGCAUCGCUUAGUCAUUUCUUAGUGGCCGACAGUACUCAAGAGAGACAACCUCCUCCACCUUAUCGAGUCUUUCGCACUAAAGUGGUGUAUACGAAUCAAAGUUCUUGUCCAGAAUGGAACGAAAAGCUUGAGCUUGACGUGUUUAAUCCGAAAACAGAGAUCUUGACAAUACGAGUGAAAAGUCAAAUGCUUUUCUUUUGUCCUGUAAUUGGUGUGUGUGCGAUUCCUCUUUGUAAUGUUCAAGUGGGAGAGCUAGUGGAUCAAUGGUUCCAUCUUUACAAGCAAGAGAAGCCCGUGGGUCACAUCCGUCUUCAAUUGAUGUUGAAGGAGAACAACACUGUUAAGAAUCUCUCUCAUGUUGUAGCAAGUGAGUCGACAAAGCAUAGAUCUUGUCAUCGAUAUUCUCAACAAGAUCAUGAAUGUCACCACUCAGUUCCAAGUCAUAAGUCCAGAUGUAGUGUCUAUCAUGAAGAGCGAGAUGAAGGUAACAGAAUGGAGGUAACCAAGGAACAAGGACUUACUGAAAUGUCGAAACGAGAGCAAGUAACUACAAUGGAAUUCAAGCAAGACGAUCAAGAACAACAGCUGGAAGAAAAGUUGACGAAGAUAAAGGUGAUGGAAGAUGAGACUAGCAAGUUUAGCAGCAAGAGUUCCAGUCUAGCCAAUGACGACGCAAUGUAUAGAGGACGAUCAGGUCUGACGGGAAUGAAGCAAAACUUGGCUGUUGCAGAGAAAGAAUGUCGGACAAAUGUGGGAUCAGGAAGAAAUACGGACGAUGCCUUGCCUUUGACUUACUCGUCAUCGGAUGAAAAAGAUGUAAAGCAGUCGAGACGGCGGAGACGGCGCAAGAAAGACACGAAACGAAAGGAUCGUUCGAGGAAUCAGAAAUACGUACAACAGUCUUCGACAACUACUUCACAAGCGGAUACACCUCAAAACACGACAAUAUCUCCUUCUGCAAUGGACUCAUCCAGCUCCAAUGAAACCUCUUCUUCUGAAAUAAAACGUCGUCAUCAUCGGCACAAGGCUAGAAAAUCCAAGAAGAAGGCAUUGCCUCCCCAGCCGCAGCAAAAAUGGUCAAUGACGGAAAAGAUCAGAACUGCUGCAGACAUGGCGUCGAUUUUGUCUGACAUGGCGUCUGUAGCGGCAAGUGUUCACCAAAUAACUGGAGGUGGUGAUGUCAGCGACACUUUCUUUGACGUACAAGUACCAAACAUGAACGAAUGUCUCGUAGACCAAAACCUUACAGAAUCGGGAGUCUAA